AUGGGUUGUUUAUAACCAAAAAAGCUAAAUAGGAUAGUGGCUAUGUAAACAACCAAUAAAGAUCUCGUAUUCACAUCUACUGCUGAUAUUCACAAACUUUAUUCGUUUGGUAAAGUAUUAGGGAUAGGUGCUUUUGGUAAGGUAUUGGUUGCCAAAAUGAGAAACAACAAUUCGAAACAAUAUGCAAUUAAAAUGAUCGACAAGAGGAAAGUAAGAGGGAGAGAAGCAAUGUUGGCAAAUGAGAUCUACGUUCUCCAGAAGUUAGAUCAUCCCAAUAUAAUUAAAUUUUAUGAAGUUUAUCAAAAUGAACUUUACUUUUACAUAAUUAUGGAUUAUUGUGAAGGUGGAGAAUUGGUAGAACGGAUACAAAAAAGUCAAAAAAAUCUAAGUGAAGGUCAGGUGCAGAACAUUAUAUUUAAAGUAAAUAUUGAAAGUAAACUGAGAUCUGUUCAGCAAUCAUGUAUAUCCAUGAAUAGGGCAUCAUCCAUAGAGAUAUUAAGCCUGAGAAUAUAUUGUUUUCAACCAAAGAUCCAAAUGCAGAACCGAAAUUAAUAGAUUUUGGAUUGGCUAUAAAAUUUGACUCCAGCAAUCUUAAGUAUGCUAAAAUCAAAUAUAUAGACAAUUAAAAGCAGCUGUAGGUACUCCUUUGUAUUUGGCACCUGAAGUUAUCGAAGGCAAGUAUAAUGAAAAGUGUGAUGUUUGGAGUCUGGGCAUUUUACUCUUUCAUCUGUUGUGUGGCUAUCCCCCAUUUUACGGAAAGAAUAGAACCGAUCUUUAUGAAAACAUCUAAUAUCAAAAUGUAAAGGUUUAGCUAUCUAUUUUUUUAGUUAAUUUUUGAUCGGAGACAUUGGAAUAAUGUUAGUGAAGAAGCCAAAGAUUUAAUUAAGAAAAUGUUGAAUAAAAAUCAUAAUAUUAGACCAAGUGCAAAGGAUUGUCUUCGUCAUUCUUGGUUCCGUAAAAAAUUUCAAAAUCCUGUUAAAUUGUAAAGAGGAAGGAGUACUAUAAUUUCAAUGAAAUCUCCUUAAUCAGAAGAUUAAAGAUCAAUAUAUUAAAUGUUGAAAACAUAUAGAAUAGGAGCUAAAUUUAAGAAAGAAGUCAUGAAGGUGUUAGUAAAUUAAAUGAAUGAAAAAGAACUGGGGAGAUUAAAACAAGUAUUCUAAAAAAUAGAUGUUGAUAAUUCAGGAACUAUAACUGUGUAAGAAUUGAAAGAGGCAUUGUUGGAAGAAGUAUAACUAAUAUUUAACUUUAGGGAUCCCAAAUAUCUCAUGAAGAAAUAGAACAAUUGAUAUAACUCGUGGGAUUUGAGGUUUUCGAAGAGGACAAAGAUGAUAACGAUUGUGCAUCUACAACCAAAUCUAGUAAGCCGCUUGUAAUCAAAUAUAGUGAUUUUCUGGCUGCAUGUGUAGAUGAAAGAAGAGUUUUAACCAGAGAAAAAGUAGUCAAUAUUAUUAUAUGUUAGUUAUGGUCUGUAUUCAAAUAUUUUGAUACUCAAGAUGUCAAUUUCAUUAUGAAAGAAGAUAUCAAAGAAGCAUUGGCUAGGCAUGGGAGAUAGUUAUCAGAUGAGAAAAUCGAAGAGAUGAUUUAUGAGAUCGAUCCUAAUCACGAUAACAAAAUUAGUUUUGAAGAGUUCUGUUAAAUGAUGGGCGUGGCUGGAGUUGAAUAAACUAUGGAUUUUAAGGAUGAGGUAAAAGAGCAAUUAAUUUUUCAUCAAUUUCCAGAAUGA